AUGGAAGCAUGGAGCAACACCGAGACUUUGAUUCUUGGACAACAAGCAACCUACGUCUCACCAGCAGCAAAGCCAGAACCUUAUUUGGGGACAGGGGACAGAUACUUCACACUCGGCUCAAGCAGCAGCAGCAGUAGCAGCAAUGGAAUGGGUUAUUUGGUUCCAGUUAUGAUGAAUCAGGCUCUUGAAAGCAGUCCAUGGUCGGAUCAGCCAUAUGACAGUAUAAGGGAAAAGAAGAUCGAACUCCCAACAGUUCCUAUGGAGACUCAACAACAACAGCAUGAAGAUAUCAUUACAAACUCAGCUGCUCAGCUACAUCUUGAGGCACAGGACAAUGUUCCUUUGAUAAAUCAAACCAUGGAAGCACAAGCCACAGAUCUUCCGGUGAACCAAGGUAUAGAUGAGUCACAUUGA